AUGCCAACUGAGAGGCGGAAUUUGCGUUCAAACAAAUCCAACCGGACCUCUCCUCCGGAAGUCGAAAAAGCGAAGAACAAACCAUCUACCUCUAAUACCAAGAAAGACACCACCUCAUCAACACAAUCCACCUCGUCUCGAUCGAGGUCGACCUCGAAAAAAGAUCCGACCAGCUUAGCGGGAGAUAUGAGCGGCGACAAACCUCAUCUCAACGGCACCGAUCCGGCUGAGAAUGGUAUUAACGGGUCUGAAGAUGCUGAAAUGCAGGAAGAAUCACAGCACUCCAAGAAAAGCUCGAAGCCGGGCAAGGAUAAAGAUGGUGAUGAUGAGAUGACCGUUGUCGUUCCACCAUCGAAGGGUUCAACCCCUCCUAGCGUCCCUGAGAAAGCUACCAAAGCGGACCUCACCAACGGCGCAGUGGACGAAGAUGCGGCAGAUCCAUCGGAAGCCCAAGUUGACCCUCAAGACAAGGCAAUAUCUGAAAUUAAAGCCAACCUCCCUUUGUUGGAGCGCGCCGUCAGCCAGUUUGAUCCUCGAUUCAGCUUGAGAGUCCUUCGAUCAAUACCUUCUAUGCGAAAACAGUUGUCUGCAUAUGUCCUGGCCGCUGUCGUCACCGAGACUUAUCCAGUUCCUACUGCGACUGCGAUGUCCCUACUCGGCGCUGUCAAAGACGAUCCAUCUUUUCCUUCUCCAAAGGUUGAAGAAUGGCAUAGCAAAAAGGAUGCGCCUCAGCAAAAGAGUGCCCAAAAGGAAAUAUUACCAGAGAUUGAUGUAUAUCUGUCGAUUUUGGUCCAAGUACACCUCUACGACAAGAAAUCCAUCAAUGCCGGUGCCCAGUUUUCAAGUGCCCUCGUCAACCACCUUCGUGCACUGAAUCGUCGGACUCUAGACUCGUUGUCCGCCCGUGUUUACUUCUACUAUGCUCUGUUCUACGAAGAGAUGGCGCCAUUGCCGCCUUCCCCGACCGCUGCAGUAAUCUCCAUUCGGAAAAGCCUUCUUGAUGCUUUGAGAACGGCCACAUUGCGGAAAGAUCAAGAUAUUCAAGCUGCAGUGACGACGUUGCUCCUCCGAAAUUACCUAUCUACCUCCCACGUCACACAGGCCGAUCUAUUGAUCUCUCACACCAGAUUCCCGGCCACCGCCGCAAACAACCAGAUCGCUCGGUAUUUGUACUAUCUCGGACGCAUUCGAGCCAUUCAACUCAACUAUACCCAAGCACAUGAGCAUCUGACUGGAGCCACACGAAAGUCGCCAACGUCAUACAAAGCCAGCGGAUUCUACCAGGCCUCCACCAAGCUGCUCAUUGUAGUGGAAUUAUUGAUGGGCGACAUCCCGGACCGAGCAAUUUUCCGUCAGCCAAGUCUCGAAAAGGCUUUGCAGCCUUACCUCCAACUUGUUCAGGCUGUCGGCUCAGGGGAUGUGAUUGGGUUCCAAAAUCUGGUCCAGCGCUACAACUCGACCUUCAGAAAAGAUGACACCUAUACUCUGAUUUUGAGACUCCGACAGAACGUCAUCAGGACAGGCAUUCGGAUGAUGUCUCUCUCAUAUGCCAGAAUCUCGUUACGAGACAUGUGCCUCCGAUUAGGAUUGGACAGCGAGGAGUCGGCGGAGUACAUUGUGGCAAAAGCAAUCCGAGACGGAGUCAUUGAGGCAAGCCUUGACCACGAACGCGGCUAUAUGAAGAGCAAGGAAGUUGGCGAUGUUUAUGCCACCCGGGAACCGGGUGAUGCCUUCCACGAACGCAUCCAAGCUUGCCUAGCUCUGCACGAUGAGAGCGUUAAGGCCAUGCGUUUCCCAAUGAAUCAGCACAGAUUGGAGCUCAAGAAUGCUCAAGAAGCACGGGAACGUGAGCGAGAGCUUGCAAAAGAAAUUGUUGAAGGAGAAAUGGAUGAGGAUGAUGCCCCUGGCGGGGAUUUUGAAGGGUUGUGA